GCCGGGUGCAGCAGGCCUGGCUUGGGAUUCCCUCAGGGGUAAAGUGUCGCACGUCCUUGGGCAGAAAGGGGAGGUGACUGGAGCAGCAGAGGACGCAAAAUGAGAGUCUUGCGGAUCUCCCAGGCUUUGACUCGUCCGUUUAGCUCAUCUGCCCGGAGCCACUUAGAAAAUCGUGUGGCAGAGAAGCAGAAACUCUUCCAGGCCAACAAUGACCUCCCAGUACACCUGAAGGGCGGGGGAAUGGACAGCGCCCUCUACAGGCUGACCAUGACACUGGUGCUGGGGGGCACUGCCUACAGCAUAUACUGCCUGGGCUGGGCCUCCUUCCCCCACAAGAAGUGACACGAGACUCUUGGAGGACUUGGACAAACAUCAAUAAACAUGCAGACCUCUUGAGAACUC